AUGUCCAACAACACUCAACCCAACAAUACAAAUUCUUCCUCUCACAUGCAUAUGCAGAUGCCCAUCUCACAGGGACAACAACAGAACAACGCCAAGCUCAACCAGAAUCAAUUAGAUAAUUCUUCCGCUUCUUCCUCUGCUGCAUCCAACAACAUUAACAACAACAACAGCAACGAUAAUGAAAUGCUGAAUUACUCUCAGGCCGCCGCUAACCCUAACACAAACCAGCAACAGCAAACUAUGCCGACAUACCAAUAUCCAAACCAGGAUCAAUGGCAAUAUCAGCAACAGUACUACCAACAAAAACAACAACAGCAGCAGUACUAUCCGCAGCAGGAUCAACAAUAUCUAGAUCAACAACAGAACAGAUCACAUUCAGGCUCUGAUGCUGGCAGACCGACGUCUACAAUAUCACAACUACCAAACACACAGGCUUACUACUACUAUUAUCCACAACUACAAGUACAACCGCCUCAACAACAGCAACAACAAGUAAAUUAUCAAUAUCCUCAACAGCAACAGCAACCAACUGCUGCUACUACUGCUGCUGCCGCACAACAAUAUUACUAUUAUGCACCAACUACCACCCAACAACAACAACAACAAUUGUACGAUGAUCCAGCAUACUACCAACAACAACAACUUUACCAACAAGCAAUCUCACCCUACCAAAUGCAAGCACAAAUAAACUCAUACCAACCAGCACAACCGGCACCACCACCACCACAACCAGCAACAAUAGUAGCAAUAUCACCGCAAAAUAAUAAAGAAUCAAAGGAUAAUAACAAGAAUUCAAACUAUCCGAACCCUUCCACAUAUCAGUAUCCAGGGUUCCAAAAGGGACAAACUCAACAACAACCCUCUCAUCAAUACACACAUUCAUUCUCUGCGAUUUCCACCUCUCCGGAAUUGAUGGCUGCUAAUGAAGUCGUAGCAACCGUGUCCACUGUAGAUCAUCCAUAUAUGAAUCCAACAUCAACUUUCGAUAAUAAUAGUAUGGUGGGACGCAACAACAAGAAUAAGAAACAUAGAAGGAAAUUGACCGCUGAUGAUGUUUCGUUGAGUGAUGGAAAGCAAGAAGAUGAACCAGAAGAGGAAAUCUACACGAACAACAACAACAACAACAACACGGAGGGAAUCUUCGUCAAACCAAGAGUAACAACAACAAUGUGGGAGGAUGAAAGAACCAUAUGUUAUCAAGUGGAAGCGAAUGGUGUCUCCGUCGUGCGUAGAGCUGAUAAUGAUAUGAUUAAUGGAACGAAAUUAUUGAACGUGACAAAAAUGACGAGGGGAAGAAGAGAUGGGAUACUUAAAUCGGAAAAGAUUAGACAUGUCGUCAAGAUCGGAUCCAUGCAUUUGAAAGGGGUUUGGGUCCCCUUUGAAAGAGCAAGAUUGAUGGCAGGAAGAGAACAUAUUUUGGAUUUAUUGUAUCCAUUGUUUGUAAGAGACAUUGAAAGUGUAUUGAAACAAACAAGACCUGUCGUGUUCCAUGAAGAUCACGUAUCCAUAAAUAACGUUCAUCAUCAUCAAGUCCAGGACGAAAAUGAACAACCACAAAUCGCGAACAUCCCCACUACUACAACAGCAAGCACAACUAACAACAACAAUAAUGAUUUGACUUAUAGUCAAUAUGAAAAUAAUAACGAAAAACAAUUGUAUCUACCACCACCAACCACAGUAGUACCACCACCACCACCACCACCAGCAGUUCAAACUCAAUUGACUAAUGGUAAUCUCUCCAUGUACUACCCAUCAACAAGUCAAAAUACAAUGUAUGCGACUCAACCACAAAGAUACACAGCAACAACGAAUACAUCCAAUAAUAUUCAUACUGGAAUUGCACCACAACAACAAAUGCCCAACACAAUGUAUCAUUCCAGUCUCAUUCAGCCAUUAAACGAAAAUAAUGGUUCGACAAACAACACCACUCCCAGCACCACCAAUACCACCACCACAACCUCAUCUACGGUCUCCAUCACAAACAACAACAACAACAACACUAAUGAAACCACAUCUCAUACUUCCCCACUACCAGCUAACACCUCGGAACCAUCCAAGGAGGAACCCGCUACAAAGGAUUCUCUUGAAAAGACGAUGGAACCUCAGCAACAAGAUGAAACUAUCAAUACAUCUACGAAUGCUGACCUUAAGGAGGAAGAUAAAAACGAUUCCGUUUAG